AGUAGAACUUUCAAGAACAUAGAAAAAAAAUUAGAGCAUCACAAAGGGGCCAUUCGGCCACUACAAGAAAAAAAAAAUUGUGGAGCUCAAAUCUUUGGUUCAAAACUCAUCUCUUUUGAAUUCCUACUAAGCCCAGAACCCUCUUCAACGUGGUAUAAGCUUUGAGGCAAGAAAAUACUUUUUUACCAAGUGGAGAAUUUGGAAAAGAUAUUAGAGAGCCCGAGACUUGAGUCGGGAUUUGUUUGGCGAGUGAUCGAGAUUUAGUAGUGAGCGAUCGAGGUAUGUAAAGCUUACCGUUCUUCCUUUUUGGCAUGACCUUUAUGCAAUAAAUGAAUGACAUAUAUGUAUGCUCCAAAGAAAUUCUACUCCUAGAGCCACUAGGAUGGCCUAUGUCUUUGAUUUCCAUAAACUAUUCCAUAUGACUUGUCACAUGCCUAUGAUGUUUGAAGUAUUAGUCGAUACGUUUCCGGAUGUGGUUUGAAAAAUAUUUGAUAUGGCCUAAGUUUGGAUAUGUAUACUUUGGAUAUGUGCAUAUGAUCCUAAGGCUCUGUUUGAAGUACCCUAUAAUGUUACUUGAAAGUUCCUCAAUAUGAAUGAUACUAAAUUUUCAGAAAAUGACUUAUGAUGUGCUUUUCGAAAGUUUUGUAAUUUGAAAGUUCGUAACUUUUGUAUACUAAUUCCGAUGGACUCGAUGCUUACCUUGAGCCUUCUAAUAUCAGUAUGUAUAUGUAUUUAUUCGUCGAGUCUUGGAAUUCAUUUAAAUAUGUAUAUGCAUAUGGUUUCCGCACUACUCCGCUCGUGCCUACUACUAUGAUAGCGCAGAAGUGGGAAACGGUUAAACUCGAGGAUCUUAAGAUCAAUAAGGGCGAGGUUCUUGUUGUAAACUGUCUGUACCGUUUUAAAAAUCUACUUGAUGAGACCGUGGUGGUAAAUAGUCCAAGAGAUGUUGUUCUGAAUCUUAUCAGGAGGUUGAAUCCAGAUGUUUUCAUACUGGGGAUUGUAAGUGGUGGUUAUAAUGUCCCAUUCUUUAUCUCACGAUUCCGCGAGGCUAUUUUUUACUACUCGUCGUUGUUUGAUAUGCUUGAUGCUAUUAUUCCCCGGGAAGUACAUGAGAGAAUGCUGGUUGAAAAGAAUAUACUUGGUCCGGAGGCAAUGAAUGUCAUCGCGUGCGAAGGUGCUGAGAGAAUUGAGAGGCCAGAAACAUACAAGCAGUGGCAAGUCCGAAUUGUGAAGGCUGGUUUUCGACAGCUUCCUUUGGAUGAGGAGAUCAUGAGAAUGACAACAGAACGGUUCAAGGUGUUUGACAAGAACUUCGUGAUUGAUGUAGAUAGUGAAUGGCUACUGCAGGGAUGGAAGGGUCGUAUCGGAUAUGCACUUUCAACAUGGAAGGCAGCUUAUUAAAUUUGUUUACGUUCAGCAGCCAUGAUAUCUCUCUGCCCCUCGUAAACAAUGAGCUGAUGAAUGGUAUUCACUUUUCCAAGUGCUAGUUAUUCAUUUAUCUAGCUACCUUUUUCCUAGUGCCAAUGCAGCAAAUUGUCACUUUUUCUAGUGUUAAUUUGACAAGUGCAACAGUGAAUGGCUGAAUGCUAUGUUAAUAUCACUGCUUUGCUUUUAGAGGAAUGACAAUGAUUUUGGAGCAGCAUCUGUGUCUGGUGCUACUCAUUUUGCCAGGGCAUAACAUUAAAAGUAUUGAACGAAUAGACAAUAUGUGUGUUGGUUUCUUUUCAUUUGUACUAUAUAUCAACCUUGUUAUAGCUUGUUUGGCCAAGCUUAUUUUUCCCCAAAAAUACUUAUUUUUUCAAGAAGUGCUUAUUUUAAAAAAAAGUGAGGUGUUUGGCCAAGCUUUUAAGAGAAAAUGAGUGUUUUUGGAGAGUAGCAAAGUAGUUUUUCAGAAGCUAAAAAAAAUAGCUUUUGCCCAAAUUGAGAAAAAUACAGAUAGAAACACUUUUUAAAAGCUUGACCAAACACUAAUUGCUGCUCAAAAGUACUUUUUAAAUUAAUUGGCCAAGCACAAACUAUUUUUAUUGAAAAAUACUUUUUAAAAUAAGUUGUUUUUAAAAGCUUGGCCAAACAGGCUAUUAGUUAGAUAUAGCUUUUGUAAUGAUUUGUGAAGGUUCUAUAGGUAUCUUCUCUACUAAUAAAGGCAUUUGCAUAUUCUUUUCAAUCAUGAUUAGAUUUCAUGAGUUGCAUUUUGGUAUUGAUGUUGAUUAUUGAAUUUUGCAAAAAGCUAUGAUGAUUUUCUUAUUCCUCAGAUAUCAGAGCCGAAUUUCUUGUUUUGGCUUCUUAAUUGAUGGACAAGUGCCCGAGAUGUUUUUACUAGAUGUCCUAUGUUUACUUUCUAUAAUGUAAUUUUUUGAUGACCAAGUACAUUGAACAAGAUUUUUGUGUUGUAAGUGUAUACAUGAUAAAAUAUAGCUUGACACAUGGCAUGGUGAGAAGGGAACACGUGGCAUUUGAAGGCGAAAUGCUGCUUAGUCGUUUAACUUGGUCGGAAUG